GCAGAAGAAGGAGAAGAAUCUGUGCAAGGAGCAACCAUGGGGCUCGGACAGUCCAGCAAGGCUCCGGUCACUGACGACACGGAUGAUGUUAAUUUUGACCACUUCCAAAUCCUGAGGGCAAUAGGAAAAGGAAGCUUUGGAAAAGUUUGCAUUGUACAGAAGAAGGACACUAAGAAGAUGUACGCCAUGAAGUACAUGAACAAGCUGAAAUGCGUGGAACGGAAUGAAGUGAGGAAUGUCCUGAAAGAGCUGCAGAUCAUGCAGAACCUUGAACAUCCUUUCCUGGUCAACUUCUGGUAUUCCUUCCAGGAUGAGGAGGACAUGUUCAUGGUGGUGGACUUGCUCUUAGGAGGAGACCUGCGUUAUCACCUCCAGCAGAACGUCCACUUCUCAGAAAGUACGGUCAAACUCUACGUCUGUGAGCUGGCGCUGGCACUGGGGUACCUCCGCAGUAAGCGCAUCAUACACAGAGACAUUAAACCUGACAACAUACUACUGGAUGAACACGGGCACGUCCACCUUACAGAUUUCAAUAUUGCAGCCAUUGUAAAGGAUGACCUUAAGGCAACAUCCAUCGCCGGGACCAAGCCAUACAUGGCUCCUGAACUCUUUCAGACCUUUGAGGGCUCCCACCCUGGCUACUCCUUCUCUGUGGACUGGUGGUCUUUGGGCAUCACAGCAUAUGAGCUUCUAAGAGGACAGAGACCUUAUGUGAUGAGAUCCAGCACUCCAGCUAAUGAGAUCCUUCAGACCUUCCACAAAGUCCAUCCCAGCUACCCAGCAGCCUGGUCUUUGGAGAUGAAGUCUCUCCUCAGAAAGUUGCUGUGCAUAGAUGUCCAGAAGCGCAUUUCUUGUCUAGCUGAGCUCCAAGAUCUGGACUACAUGUCAGAUGUCAACUGGGACGCUGUGCUCAGCAAAAUGCUUCCUCCAGGCUUUAUUCCCAAUAGGCGAAGACUAAACUGUGACCCCACAUUUGAGCUGGAGGAAAUGAUCCUGGAGUCCAAACCGCUUCACAAGAAAAAGAAACGGCUUGCUAGAAAAACAAAGGACCAGGGAUCUGAUGGCUCCCCACAGAAUGGUCAGCUGCAGCAGCGUUUGGACAAUGUCCAGAGAGAUUUCAUUGUCUUCAACAGAGAAAAAUCAAAGAAAGCAGUGGUUGACUCGGAGUCCUCUGACCUGUCCAUGAGCGAGAACAAGAAGGCGAUAGAGGACGGACAGAACAACAAUGUUGAACCCGCUGCCUUCUUAUCAGGAUAGCCCUCCUGAAAUCAAGAGCCCUCUCUUAUUCCUGCAUCACCUGCACCUAUCCCACAGCUUGUAGCGCCAACAUAUACCACUCAUGCACUUAAUGUUUUAUCAGCACUGGCACUCCAACUCAGUCUUCAGUGUUCCUGCGUGUUUCACUAAACCAUCAGUAAAAACACAAAUGCAGAAUGUGAUUGUGCUUCACUGUUCACACACUAAAAAGAAAAAAAAGAUAAACAAUAUCAUGAGGUCCAGAGCUGCAGGAGAGAUUUGGACUCCUAGAGCAACAGCCAUGCCCCAGCCAUUCCCUGUCAUCAUGAACCCAUACAUCUCUCCUGUACAUCACACUGGUGCUCUAAAGUCUGCUCAACCUCACCGCAGGGCGACAAGCGGAUGCAAGGAGGAGGACACUUCCUCGCUGAUAAAGACAAUGCUACACCUGCUCAGCUCUUAUAGGAAAUAAAGUCAGAUGUGGUCAGCUCUUACUGAAAGCUGGGAGUACUGCUGCUUUUGCAGCUUUUGGUGGGACACUCAGAUUUAA